GGAUAUAACUUGUUUUCAAACGAAUGACGCAUAGUGUACAAACCACCAUCCAAACAAAGGGUAAGCAAAACCCCUGUUCAAAUCCUUGAAACUCAUAUAUAAACCCUUUGGUUCUUGAACGUUUUUCCUUUGUAAAUUCAAACGUCUUGCUGUAGUAUUUCACUUUCUCUUUCUAGAAUCCUCUUACAAUGGCGAGCAGUGAGCCUAAGCACGAGCACCGUGAAAAUGAGGAAGAAGAAGCCGCCGGAGCCGACGAUGAAGACACCGGAGCUCAGGUGGCACCAAUUGUCAGACUCGAAGAAGUUACUGUAUCAACUGGCGAAGAGAACGAAAAUCCCAUCAUUGAUUUGAAAGCCAAGCUUUAUAGGUUCGAUAAAGAUGGGAAUCAGUGGAAAGAGAGAGGUGCUGGCACUGUAAAGCUAUUGAAGCAUAAGGAAACUGGCAAAGUUCGUCUUGUUAUGCGCCAAUCCAAGACCCUUAAGAUCUGCGCCAACCACCUUGUUCUCCCAACGAUGAUGGUUCAGGAACAUGCUGGAAAUGAAAAGUCUUGUGUGUGGCAUGCAGCAGAUUUUGCUGAUGGUGAACUGAAAGAUGAGCUUUUUUGCAUCAGAUUUGCAUCUAUCGAGCAUUGCAAAUCCUUCAUGGAGAUGUUUCAAGCGGUUGCUGAAUCACAAAAGAAAGAGGAAACUGAAGAUGCAUCUACUGCUGCCGGACUGCUUGAGAAGCUAACUGUUGAAGAUAAAAAGUCAGAAGAGAAGAGCGAGGAGAAAGCUGUAGACAAAAUCAAGGAAGCGGAUGCUAAGGAGGAGAAAGCCGAAGACAAAACCAAGGAAGGGGGUGCUAAGAAGGAGAAAGCCGAAGACAAGGAUGCAGAGAAAAAGGAUGAAAGAGCUUCAGCAUGAGGGUUACUCAGGUCAUAUACUUACCCCUGUAGUUUUAUGGUUUCUGAUGCCAUUUCUUAGCCAACCAAGUUGGUUGUAUUGUUGGUCAAGUGCAAGAGGUGGUUAAAUAGAUUCUACUUUGGAUUUUUCUUAAGGUGGGUUUGAGGUUAUGGGUACCAGGAAGUGUUUGGUUUUAUUAGUUUAUCAUGAGGUGUGUGAAUGUUUGGAGAAACUGAAUUUCUCUUUUUAAGGUCGGGUCCUGUAUUAUGGUUAUAUUUUCGUGUAACUCAAUGUCUUGUUAAUGUUAUUUCUUUCGCGAA